GUGGAGAGAGCGAAGUUACAUUACUGUCCAGGAGCGAAACAAGGGGCGAUCUCAGCAUUUGCUCAAGGGACACUGAGCAAAAACCCUGAUCGAGAUGGAGUCAUUGGCCUAGGAAUUAUACUACACUGUCCGAUAUUUUAACCAGAAAGUCCUCGGUGAAACGAAAAAUAAAUAUCAGACAGUUUUAACUGACAGAUACGUUAUCCGUGGGAUUUGUAUUCGGAACUUGUUCAGGCACCGGUGACACAGGCUGUAAAUGCUUCUGAUUUGCAAAGUGGUGCUUAUAAAGCCAUCUUUAUAAGAAACCUUCCCCGGAAUAUGCGCCCCUUCAGCCACCAUUGGUGGCGAAUCGAAAGCGGUAUGGUUCGUUUGAUCGAUUUGUAUCUCUAAACGACGUAGCCAACAUUUUGUUUGAAAGGCAUUUUUCGUGACCUCACAUCAUAGGCUUUUUAUACAAGGGCAACAAUCAUAUUUUCAAAACGACGAAACUUGAUACCUCCGCUAUUCAGAAAGCCAGUAUGCCAUCAGAUUUACAACUGGAGUACUUUUUGUCCAAUAAGAAAACUGACUGGAGUACUUCAACAGCUGUUGCCCAUCCUGUACCUUUUAAAAGUUAUUUGCGCUCUCAAGCACUGAAUCCAUUUUCCCAAAUAACCAGUAGGCCAGGGUGUGUUCCAUUGGUUCCUGUCCCACAUUCUUGGAUGUUAGAUGAUGACGUUCUGAUGAAAUUGAGACAAGAACAACAUGCUACUACUGCUAAUUCCAAAUACACAAAUAAAAGUAUUUAUCCAAGGAAUAAAAUUCAUCAUGCUUCUCCAUCGUGUGAAAAAAUUCAAUAUGUCAAAAACUUUCUGGAAUAUCCACACAGGAUGUUACUACCCAAACCAACUCCAACGUCUGGAAGUCAUUAUCAGGAAGAAUAUACUGAAAAAUUUGCUAACAGACCAAAGCCUUCAGAAUUUCAUGGGUUACUUGAUAUUAAAAAAUAUAGUUCUGCCAAAGCUUUAUAUGAACCUACAUUCAACAUUGUGCAUGGAGGUGUAGAAAUACAUCUGGAUCCAUAUGCUACAACGUCUCAGCUAACACAUCGACCUUUUUCUCAUUACGAACGAACGGGCAUAUUGUAUGACAAAGCUGUUGGUAGUUUUCAUGAUACAUAUGAGGUUGCAAAGGCACUAGGUGAUAAAAGAAAUGUUCUCUUGAAAGUGCCCAUACGUUUAUAUCCAAUUUAUGAUUCUUUGGUAUUUCAAAGUAAAGCAACAAUACGAACAUUACCCAAAACAACACAUGCGGUACCUCACAAAGGUCUACUAACCGAAACUCAAGAACAAUACAGGCUUCAUUGAUAUGCAAUAUUAUACUUUUUGGUUUUAAGUAUGUCAUUAAGAUCAUCAAAAUCUGAGAGAAAAGAAAAACUUGAAGAAAUUAGAGGAAUACCCAAAUGUUUUGCUUUAAAUGUUUCAUGUAAAUUUUGAUCUAAAAGUGUCGAAAAAGCUGGUGUUCAAUUUCUCAUUUUUAAUUAAUCUAAGAAUAGGUUACCUGAGUUAAUGAAGACUGACACAUUUCAGUACCAACUUUUUUGUAAAUUGAACUCCAUGAAGAAACAAUUUGUAAAAUUUAUGUACAACUUAUUUUAAAUAUUAUUAUUAAAGUAUAUUCAUAUUAAUUUAUCAGUGUAAUUAUAAGCAACUACAAAUACUUAACAUUUAAAAUGAUUAUAUUCGUAUAUUUUGAAAUAAAAAUGCUGGAAAGUAUUGAAAUCUGA